AUGCGAACGAAGCUCAAAGAGGUCUCCGGCAUCGACUGGUUCGACGGCGCCGUGAUGAAUUGCUCCUGGACAGGCCCUCUCCUUCACGACGUGCUUACUUCUGCCUCUAUCAAGAUCCCUGAAUCCUCCUAUGCCACCACCCAUGUGGCAUUCGCUUGCCUCCAGACGCCAACUCAAGAGGACGAAUGGUACGGUGCGAGUGUGCCAUUAUCGCGUGUCAUGGAUACGGAAAGCGGUAUUAUUCUGGCGCUGCAGAUGAACGGAAAGCCCCUCUCGCCGAACCAUGGUGCACCUGUGCGCGUUGUUACGCCGGGCAUUGCAGGGGCGAGGAGCGUGAAGUGGCUGGAUCGAGUUACGGUGCAGACAUGCGAAUCCGAGAAUUUUUAUCAGAGGCACGACUACAAGGUCCUCCCCCCAGAAGCAACGUGUAAGGAGGAAGCCGAAAAAUGGUGGGAUCGCGUCUCCGCCCUUCAAGACAUGCCCAUCAACAGCGUCAUCGCUAUCCCCGCCUCCUCCUCCACCAUCCAUCUCGAUGAGAAUGGCACAACUGAAGUCAAAGGAUACGCCCUGCCCUCCGGCUCAGACGGCCCCAUCACCAAAGUCGAGAUCUCCGCGGACGAGGGCGCUACAUGGCAGCUUGCAGAGCUGGUGAAGGACCAGGCGACUGAGGGGGCAGAGCUGAAAUGGGCAUGGUGUUUGUGGCGGGCGAGGGUGAGGAUUGAGAAGGGGUUGGAGAGGAGGGUGCUGAGUCGGGCGACGGAUAGGAGUGGGAAUACGCAGGCGAAGUGCCCGGUGUGGAAUUUGAGGGGGGUCGCGUAUAACGGUUAUGGGGAGGCGAAUGAGCUGAAUGUAGUGUGA